UAACAUAGGAAAUGAAAAUUGAUUGAACUUGGAACUUGGAAGUUUAAACCCCAGUGAAUAGCUUAAAACCCCGGCAGGAACUGCAUCUUCUUCUUCGUGUUGGUGUUGCUGAGAUCGAAACGCAAAAACCCUAGCGAGGGUAGGGUUUGAGCUCAGCCAUGGCUUCUUCGUCGAAUUCCAAGCCCUCAAAGUUCUCUGUUUACCAAAACGCAGCUUUCUCCGCCGUUUUGACAUCUAACAGCAUUCAGCCUUCCAACUAUGCUCUCUACUCACUCCUCUCUUUCUUCUCCGCCUCCGCAUUCGCCUUUCUCGCCAUCCUCGUCAGGGAAAAUGGGUUCAUUGACAUGCUGAAACUCAAAAGUGUAUCCCAUGUCACAGCUUAUUGGCUUGUUAAGACACUGCAAAUUCUUGUGGGUGUAAUCUUUAUGGCAACUACGUUGGCUCUUUUCAAAGUUAUGUUAAUUCGUAGAGCAAGACAUGGUGGUGGAGUUGUAGCUGUGCCCAAGUCCAAAGUUAAUAACACUCAGAUGGUUCUCAAUAAACAUCAACUACAGCUUUUAGGGGCGAAGCCAAAGCUUGAAUCGGUCCAAUCUGACUCAUCCAAGAAACCCCCCAAGUCUAAAUCCCAGUCGGUGUCUUCAGAUUUGCUUGUUCCACUACACCAGCCAAUUACCAGCCCCUCUCGUUCCUCUCGCAUUGAUGCCAAUGGUUCAAAUUCCAACAGAGGAGCCACAGCACGUGCUAUUGGCACCCCUUCAAGGUCACCUGGUUCCUCAUCAUCUUUGUAUCUUGCUCCUGGAGUGAUUUCAACACCAACUUCUGCUCAGAAUUCAGCUGGACUGGAUUCGGUAGUUUCAAGCCCUUGGUCUAAUUCACGAGCCUCCUCUGCAAAAAGAAUAACAUCAGAGGAAAAGCUAGAACAGUUCUUAGCAGAAGUGGGUGAAAGAAUUAUUGAAUCUGCAGGCAAGCUGUCUACUCCACCCCCCACAGUCCCUGGUUUUGGCAUAGUGAGCCCUGGUACAGUUACAGGCUCAGGCAAUACGUCUGGAACUACAAGGCUGACACCAUUGAGGCCUGUGAGGAUGUCUCCGGGAUCCCAAAAGUUUAAUACGCCUCCUAAGAAGGGAGAGGGUGACCUUCCCCCACCAAUGUCCAUGGAAGAAUCAAUUGAAGCUUUUGAACAUCUGGGCAUCUAUCCCCAAAUUGAGCAGUGGCGUGACCACCUCAGGCAAUGGUUUUCUUCAGUUUUGCUUAAUCCAUUGAUUAACAAGAUUGAGACAAGUCACACUCAGGUUAUACAAGCAGCUGCCAAACUUGGUAUUUCAAUCACAAUCAGUCCAUUGGGCAAUGACAUGCCAUCUUCUGGAACCCCUGCUACCUUGCCAGCAAUUGAUAAGACUCAAGAAUGGCAACCAGCAAUGGCUCUCAAUGAAGAUGGAUUGCUCCAUCAGUUACAUUCAACACUUGUCCAAGCUAUAGAGGCUUCCAAGUCCAAGCUGCCUGGAUCUAAUAUGCAACUGUCCCCACAACAGACUCCUUCGGUUCCUAUUAUGCAGGAUUGUGUGGAUGCCAUCACGGAACACCAAAGACUCCAAGCCUUGAUUAAAGGAGAGUGGGUUAAAGGCUUGCUACCUCAAAGCAGUGUUCGUGCUGAUUACACUGUGCAAAGAAUCCGAGAGCUGGCAGAAGGAACCUGCUUGAAGAAUUAUGAAUAUCUUGGAAGUGGCGAAGUUUAUGAUAAAAAGAACAAAAAGUGGACGCUUGAACUGCCUUCGGAUUCUCACUUGCUCCUGUAUCUGUUCUGUGCUUUCCUAGAACAUCCAAAAUGGAUGUUACAUGUGGAUGCUACAUCGUAUGCUGGAGCUCAUUCUAGUAAGAACCCCUUGUUCUUAGGAGGCCUUCCCCCAAAGGAGAGGUUUCCAGAGAAAUACAUUGCUGUAAUUUCGACCGUUCCUUCUGUGCUGCACCCUGGAGCAUGUAUCCUGGUUGUUGGGAAACAGGCUCCUCCAAUUUUUGCUUUGUACUGGGACAAGAAGCCGCAAUUUUCUCUUCAGGGAAGAUCUGCACUUUGGGAUUCUAUAUUGCUUUUGUGCCACAAGAUUAAGGAAGGAUACGGUGGUAUCAUCAGGGGCAUGCAUCUAGGUGCUUCAGCUCUAAGUAUUCUUCCAGUCAUGGAAACAGAAGCCGAAGAUUGAAAUCGUUGUUAACUAACAAACCAUUCUGCUUUUACCCUACAUGCUGACUUUAACUUGUGCAGCAAAUGACAUUUUUCUCACUGUAACAUUUCAGAAGGGCUUGCUGCAAAUUGCAGAGGUAAAUUACCUUCCUGAACUCUUGUCAAAAGUAAAAUUUGGAGAGCUCAUGAAUCAUGAUCAAGAGAUUCAGGAAUAACACAUUUUUGUUGGUUAUAUAUUUGUAGGUAUUAAUCACGGUUCUAUAAAGCUUGCAUCGAUAUCUGUAUAUAUUUAUAAUAGUCUCUCGUUUCAUUUUUGGUAA